AUGUUUUCGGCACCUAAUCCGAUGUAUUCAAAUAAAGAUUAUUUAAAUUGUAUAGAUUAUGCAAAAAUACAUUACGGUGGAAAACAUGUAAGGGAUGCUCCAUAUUUGAUUAUGGAACAUCCUUUCUGUAACACUGAUACCUACUUGAUCUACUUUCAUGCAAAGGACGAAGAUAUGUAAUUAAAGUCUCCCUAUUUCCAUAGAAACUAUGCUUAGUAGUUUAUAUAUGAAAUCUAACAAUCUUGUAAAUUCAACGCCAUCCUAUCUGAAUAUCCUGGAUAUGGAAUCUAUCAAAAUGUUAAUGCUCAUGAUUCUAUAGUUGAAUAAGAUGCUCUUCAAUUGUUUGAUCAUAUUCAGGACAAAUACAAACUAAAAAAUAAUCAAAUCAUUGUUUUCGGAAGAUCAAUAGGAACUGGGCCAGCCUUCUAUAUCAAUAGUUUAAGACAAUGCAGAGCUGUUAUUGCACUUAGUUCUUUUACCUCUAUUAGAGAUAUUAUCAAAGAAAAAACAUUUGAAUGGGUAGCAAAUCUAAUCCCCACGAAGUUUGAUAAUUUGUAACGAGCUCAAAGUGCUAAGUCUCCUAUGCUCUUGAUACAUGGUGCCGAGGAUGAUAUUGUUAAUAAAUAGCACACAGAAAUUCUGUUCGCCAAUCUUCCCAAUAAAGUUAAGGCACAAUCAGUAAAAAGGAUUAGACCAGACAUGACACACAACGAUUACAUUUUCGAACAUGAUAUCAUAGCUCCUAUUUAACUAUUCUUCCCUGAUCUCAGUAUAUAAUAAAGAUUUAGAUAUUGA